CAGCUCGGCUCUUUCUUGGCAGUUUGGCUCGGGCUCCUCCGUGUAGGCGGCACAGUAAAUGACAGCUCAGCUGUUAGCCAUGAAAUAGCUUAAAACAUCAUUCCUGCGUGUUUCUUACGUAGUCGAUAUAUGUUUCUCGCUUUGUCGUCUCCUUUUCAGGCGUCAUUGGCCGGCUAAUUCAGCUAGGUUAACGUUCAGUUGCCAAUUACUCCUCUGAGGUAGAUUUAGAUUUACAAAGACCUGAACAGAGGAUGCUGGAGUCAAUAAAAGUCACAGAAAGACUCCGUUGGCCAGAAGUAGAAAUGUCCAAGAAGUACAUUUUAAACUCUUCUGACAAGCCACUGAGUCCAAGCCAAGUGUACCUGGAGAAGAUUUCUUCAGGCGCCCUGAAAGACCUUUUCAGCACUGGCUCCAGGAGCUACAACGUUCUGCUGCAUGCUGACAAAGAGGAGAAAAAGACCCCGAAGCAGUCCCCAUUCAGGAGGCCGAAAACAUCGGUGAGAUGCGGCGCCACGUUUAGUAAAAGAAACCGUCCUGGCAUGGCUCCUAAGAAGAUGCGUUCUCCAGAAGGAGCGGGGAAACCUGCACAGACAAAUCGUGUCCUCUCAGGCAGCAACUCCAAUCUCCCUAAACCAGCAAGAAACAUCACAGUCGUGGGCAGCACCAUGGGUCUAAACCCCCGUACAGUCCCACUGCUCAGGAAGAUCUCCAAUUCCCCUCGCACUAAACUACCUGUUUUGCAAAAAGCAGCGGUCGCACGGGAGGUGGAAAAUGCCAAGAAGCUCUGCAUCCUUUCAGCCAUAAAGCCUACGAAUGUUGAGAGAGAGAAGGCCAAGUUUUUUAAAUCUGACUUCAACUACAAUCCACAGUUUGACUACAGUAACCCCGCCCCACCACUCAUCCUGGAACGGCAUAACAACGCCUCAGACCGCUUCCUGACGCAGGCAGUGCACAUCAUGGAGCUGGCCCUGCAGCGAUAUGGCAACUAUGAGAAUUUUGAACAGCUCACCGGGGGCAACCUCCUCACCAAGAGUCGCAUCUGGCACAACGUCAAGAAGUACAUGGAGAAGGAGGGCUGCAUGGGGGAGAUCGUCGUGCAGGUGACAGAUGACCUCCUGUCCAGAGCCUCCAUGACGGUGGUGAACAGCAGACCAACACUGACCAUCAACGUCUCCACGGCCCGAGAGCAGUGGCUGGAGGGAAUGCUGAGACAUGAGAUAGGCACACAUUAUUUCCGUGGCGUCAAUAAUUGCCACCAGCCGUGGAACAACAGCGUGGGCAGGAAGAAGCACAACCUGAAGCCUCUGAACCCCACAGAGGAGGGUCUGGCCAGCAUCCACAGCGUCCUGUUCAGGAAAGACCCCACACUGUGGCGCGCUGCCCUGCUCUACUACACUGUCUACCAGGCCAGCCACAUGUCCUUCACUCAGCUCUUCCACAACCUGGGGCGCUUCGUCCAGGACCCAAACACGCGCUGGGACUACUGCGUCCGAGCCAAGAGGGGCCAGACUGAUACAGCACAGCCAGGGUGCUUCAGUAAAGACCAGGUCUACCUGGAUGGUAUCCUGAAGAUCCUGAGGUACAGAGACAAGAUCAACUUCCCUCUGCUGAUGGCUCUAGGAAAGGUGUCAUUUGAAGACAUGGACCGCCUGAAACCGUUGGCCCAAAUGGAGAACAUACGCAUCCCGCACUUCAUGCAGGACCAGGCGCGAUAUGCCGAGCAGCUGACCAAAAUAAUGGCGGUCAACAAUCUCACUGACGAGGAGCUCAAGACCAUCAUCUGAGCCCUCUCAAACAUGUUCGCACCACUGCCAGCCAUGGUCCGCAUGCCUCAACACCAACACCUUCAUCCUGCAUGGUAGCAGAGUGUGUGAAUCGUGCAGCGUGCCGUGUUGCAUGUAGUACAAAGUUGUGUCUAACCGGUCACAUUAGUUUAAUCUGGUUAAGCUUUUAGUUCAACAUCUGUUACAGCCGAGUCAUUUAAAACAGCACAAAGCAUCCAGUGAAUCAUCUCACAUUGUGUUUAGAAGAGGUGUAGACUGAACAUUUUCUUUACAAGUGCCAACACAAUACAGGGCCACGAUUGCUGUUUUAAUAAUAAAGAUAUAUAUACAUAUACCUGUUACAUUAACUUCACUUUUCUACAACAUGUAUGAUGCAAUUAGUGCCAACUUCUUUUGACUUGAUGAUGUCUGACACACGUUUUUUUUUAUAGCUUAUUGAAUCCAUUUAAGACCACUGAUGACAUGCUCAGGGUGGGAAGCUGUUUUCUUCAGGAUAUUGUCAUCCCCCGGUGCAUUACGUCCAAGUCAUAUAAUUGUAGAAAAUCUGACAAAUGAUUUCAUGCAUUGAUUGAUCCCAAGAUAAAUCCUGAGGGAUAUCAGGCCGGAUAACCGAUCAGCUAUCUUCUGACAACAGCUAAGAUAAGUCUCAGUUUAACUGUAAAUAGUUUGUUUCUGAGUCUUCACUCUUGCAGCAGCAUGAUGUGGAAGCAGACAAAGAUUUGCUUGCGAUUGACUUGCAUUACAAGGACUUAACCUUCCUGAAACAACAACACCAUGCUGCAGCUUUGUAAAGCUUUGUCAGGUCUGUCCUCAAGAGAAGAAGAAGCAACUUAAAUGCUUGUGUGUUGAAUCUGUUGAAUACAGAUUGUCACUCUGGUUUGUCUUCUCUCUGUUAGUCAUAUACAACAAUUUGUCAGAUGUAUACAAUUGCAACCUGGAUCUGCAGUGUGAUACCCUCUCAGAAGAAGUGUUUGAAUAUCCCACCCUGAGCAUGUUGGGGAGGAAACAGCCACCUUAUGGAUACGGAGAAGAUGAACUAGACUACAGCCUGAUUGAAACUGGAUUCUUAAAAUCGUAAUUAUAUUUGACGAAGGUCACAUUAUCCAUGCUUUGAUACUCGUUUUAAAAGGAUGUAAAAAGAUUGGAAUGAAUUCUUUAAAAUUGAAAGAACCCUCCUGUACUAUAUCUAAAGUGCACAAAUGCGUUGGCAGCGUUUCAGUACAUAAACUUUGCCAAUGUAUUUGUGAUAUAGUGCAGGAGGUAACUUGCAAUCUCUGAAAAUGUAAAAACAUUUAAUUCACCAGUAUAGAGUACUUAAAACUUUGUUUGUUCCUGUGGUGCAGAAAUGGAUUAUACGGAUUAUAGUAACAAAAAGAUUCUAGCAUGAUAUCUAGGUGUAGAAUUUGGGUAUUGUCAUUACACUCUCAUAUUGCAUACUUUCAAAACUGAAACCUGUAUGUCUGAUAUUUGUUUAGUUUUUUUAACAUAGCAGUGGGUAACUUUGAAAAAGGAUGCUAUUAUUGUGACAACGACAAAUUGAAACACACAGCAUUCAAUACUGAAACAUCACAAUCAUAGCAGAAGAAAUGAGACAAGUCAUGUGAGCAGAAAUUUUAACUAAUGGAGUAGAUGGAAAAUCCUUAUAAAUGUGAAGCUAGUUUUUUCUUUAAAGAGGCCUUACACUCAUGUUUGAUUCUCCCUCAGUAAGGUAACUUAAGUAAAGAGAUAUACUUUACUUUGAAGCGUAUUUAAGGAGAAUGCAACAUUGAUAGCACACUAUUUAAUUUGAACAAAGAAUAUUUUUUAUUGUAACUUUUUCCAGUUUAUGUGGCAUCCAAAUAACGCUAACAGAGCUGUUAUUUAAAACAGGAUGUUAAGAGUUCAUUUCUACCUGUCAAGAAAACAGGUAGAAUCUGGAUUAUUUUAGAUCUAGGUCCUUUUUGUACGUGUUGUUUAUGUAAAGCAAAUAUUGUUUUUGGAUCCAACCUGACCAUUUUGAAACACUAAAGACACAAAAUAGCCGAUUGAUGCAGCGGUAGAUCAGCACCUCCUGUGAUCUGGGAGGUCAAAUAAUUAUAAUAAGAUAAUAAAUACUUAUUUUACCCCUCGAUGGAGUCCGGUGAGGUUUAAGGUAGUAAUCUUAUGACUGCUUCCUGUCAAAAAAAAAAAAAAUAGAAUAUAACCUUUACAAAAAACAACAACGCUCUCACUCUGUUUUAGAGUUUUGAAUAAUAAUCUGAGCCUGUCGCUGGCAGAAACACGACAAGACAAACAAAAGCAGAAAUGUCUUUCAUGUUUUGUGGACACUUGUGCAUGAGUAAGGUUAAGUGUAGUCGAAAUAGGGAUCUUCCACUAGUUAUAGAAUAAGCCAUGAUGAAGUUAUUGAUCUAGUUUAAUAGAAUGGUUAUCUGUCUCUCUCUUGAACCUGUGAUCUAAGUGUACUUAUCCAGUGGUUUAUAUAUCUGUCUCUUUUCUGAAGAGGAACUCAUUCUUGCACUUUGUUCCCCUCUUAGAUACCGCACCUCUUAGAGUCACUAUUUUUGUACAGUACAGAUGUUCUGAUUUCCAGCUGGUCCUCAGAUGGUUCCCAGCAGCUCUGUGUUCGCAGAGAGCAAAGUGAAAAGAGCUUCAUCACUCGGCCUGAUACUCAAAGCUGAGCCUGAGCAGCUUUGCUUCACUUUUACUGAGAGGACGAUAAAGUGAGCGAGUGGUUUAAAACACUCGCAGAGUUUGCUCCUCUUUCUGCUCCAUGAAGCCCUCGUGGUUCACGUGCACUGACUUGAAGCCCAGUUUGACUAUUUGCACUUCUCUACCUUUGAUCUACCUUCUUUUUCAACUGCGCUGAUAUGAGCAGUUAGUGUGUUUGUGACGUUUAUACAGGCUGAUGUGUUCACGUGUUACCAAAAAAAAAAUCGAAAGCCUCGUUGUCUUACCGUCAUACUUGAUGAGAUUUUGUGUCAAGACCUAACACGAGGAGCAUGUGUGUUACUCUGCUUCCUCAAUUAACCCUUAAAUGGCACACGUUAAUCAAGAUGUUUUCUAUAUUUUAAUGACUUUUUUUGUGAUAUUUAUGAAAAAGAAUCUUUAAAUAAAGUGGA